AUGGCUCCCAAGGCUGCCGCCCCCAAGAAGAGCCCGGCCAAGAAGCCGGCUGCUCCCAAGGCCAAGAAGCCCGCGGCCAAGCCCAAGGCUGCACCCAAGCCCAAGGCCGCCGCCAAGCCCAAGGCUGCCACCCCCAAGGCACGCUCCCCUGCCAGCCUGCUUGCCGCCGACUUCAUCGCAACCGCCACAGCUCACCUCGUGAAGAAGACCACCACCACCAAGAAGGCGGCGCCCAAGAAGACCGUGGCCAAGAAGGCCACCCCCGCCAAGAAGGCCGCGCCCAAGAAGCCCGCCGCCAAGAAGGCGAGUGGGCCGCCGCCGCUCCCCAUGCUUGCGGCCCGCCCUUCCAGCCCUUGCAGCCCGCCGCCCAGCGGCCCCGCUGCCAAGAAGCCCGCCGCCAAGAAGCCCGCCCCCAAGAAGCCCGCCCCCAAGAAGGCGUGA